UGUGAAAGGUAUACAAGCUGGAGUUGUCUAAAUUACACCACGUGGCGAAAACACCGGAACUUGGGGUGUGUUAGCGAUGUGCGCAUGCGGUCUAUGACGCACCGAGCACAUGGUGUCUCGUUUUCACGACCUCAUUUUGGAAGUGGCAGCGAGCAGGGAGAAGUAUUGCUCACAGACACAAGUCUACACAACACAAAUGGCUCCAAAACAGGUGAAAGCCGCGAAGGCUGGGAAGAAGCAAAAGGUGAAGAAAGCGCCUCCCAAGAAGGUUGUGCAGGAGGCAUCAGAGGAGAGCUCUGAUGAGGACUCUGAGGAGGAAGAGAUAGAAACUCCAGUGGUGAAGAAAAAGGCCAAACCAGUGGUCCGGGCUAAAGAAGAGGAUAGCGACGAUAGUAGUGAGGAAGACAGUGAUGAGGAAGAGGAAACUCCUCCAAUAAAUGGUGCUAAGGCAAAAUUAAGUGAAAAACAGAAUGGAAAGACUGAGGAAAACGAUGAUGAGGAUGAUGAGGAUGACGAUGAUGACGAUGAGGAUGACGAUGAUGAAGAAGAGGAGGAGGAAGAAGAAGCCCCACCUCCAAAAGCCAAGCCACAGAAAAGGAAGGACAAGCCUGCAGCCAAACCCAAGCAGCAGGCCAUGGAGGUUGAAGAAGAUGAAGACGAUGAUGAAGAGGAUAGUGAAGAGGAGGAAGAUGACAGUGAUAGUGAAGAAGAGGCUGUUAGCAACAACCAGGGAAAACGGAAGAAGGGACAAGCUGACAAACCAUCUAAGAAGGCAAAAACUGAUACUGUGACUCUUUUCGUGAAUCGUUUGUCUACAAAGACUACUGAGGAGACGCUUAAAUCUUUCCUAGAAGAGAAUGGUGUUGGUGUAAAAUCUAUUCAGAGGCUACCCAAGAAGAAGUUUGCCUUUGUGGUUCUGGAGGACCCGGCUGACCUGGACAAGGCUGUGGCACUGUCAGGCCAAACCCUGGAGGAUAAAGAGAUCAUGAUAGAGAAGGCUAAGGCAGAACCCCGCAGUCCACCACCAGCGGCCACCCCAGACAAGCCUAAGGCUAGCCCCGUCAAGAAAGGCAACACUGAGGAUGAAGAGGAGGGCAGCAAAUUGGUGGUGAAAAACUUAUCCAAAACUGUGACAGAGGACAUGCUGAAGGAAGCCUUCCCGACGGCAGUCUCCAUGCGUAUGCCACUUUUUCCCAGAUGGCAACAGCAGAGGGUUUGCCUUCUUGACAUUUGAAAGUACAUCUGAAGCCCAGAGUAUCAUGGAGGAGAAACAAGGUCUUGAUAUCGAUGGGCAGGAGAUUUCCUUGGGCCCAUUCAAAAAUAAGCCCCCAAGAGAAAGGGAUAACAGAAGAUCUUCUU